AUGGCGGGCUGUGCUGUGCGGCUUCUCCUGGCCGCGCUGCUGGCAGCGCUGCCGGCCGCCCCCGCCGAGCAGCGGCUGCGCUUCAGGCCGCCGGCCGAGGCCCCCGUGAGGCUCUUCACCGAGCCCGAGCUGGCCAGAUACGACGGGCAGCAGGAAGGACAGCCCAUCUACCUGGCAGUGAAGGGAGUAGUAUUUGAUGUUACCUCUGGAAAAGAAUUUUAUGGAAAAGGAGCCCCAUACAAUGCUUUGGUUGGAAAAGACUCAACAAGAGGAGUUGCAAAGAUGUCUCUGGAUCCAGCAGAUCUUACACAUGACACAACAGGACUCACAGAAGAGGAACUGAAGUCCCUGGAUGAUAUCUUCAAUAAUGUUUAUAAGGCCAAAUAUCCAAUUGUUGGCUAUACUUCUCGAAGAAUUCUGAAUGAGGAUGGCAGCCCCAAUCUGGACUUUAAACCUGAAGAUCAGCCACAUUUCAACAUUAAAGAUGAGUUUUGAGGAACAUUUUUUGCACCUAGAGAAUGCCUGGGGAGAGGCACAGUAGAAUAUUAGUUUGAUUCUAUGUUCUGGAGUUCAUUACAACAAUUAGCUAUCACAAGCCAGUUUUGUGUUCAGAAAAUAUGUUUGUGUGUACAGGAAUAGUUUAGAGGAAACAAACAGAUCUGUAGCAGUGUCAUACACUUGGGCUGUUUGCUGUGAAAUAUGAGAAUUAUCUAACAGGCAAAUUUCUUCUGCUUGGAUUUCUCUGUCCACAAGUGUGUAAUGUAAAAUUUUAUUCCUUAGAAGAGAGAAGGAACGUUUUAAUAAUUGAAACAUGAUCAAUCUUUUUGUAAAUCCCAAAUUGUUUCCUACUCCUUGGAAAAGUGUGAAUGUAUUAUGUAGACAAAAAUCAAUUCUCUGUGCUUCGUGUCAGGGUAGGUAUCACAAGUACAAAGAGGUGCAAUAGAGGCUUACAUUUUAAAAAGCAUUGUGGGGUUUAAUAUUUGAUAGGUUUGAGAAUACUGGAUAAAGAGCAACUCAGUCUCUUAAAAUGCAGUUACUGUAGAGUAUUUCUGCAAAGCCUACAGCUGUAAACUAAGAAAAAUAAAUCUUAUUUCCCCCAUGAGAACUACUGUGACAUUUUAAAUAAGACUAUUAUGUUAUUUUUGGAUAAAUGACACUUUAAUUUUUAAAAAUAAUUAUCAAAGAUGUCAUCUAUAUUAGAUUAUGAUUAUUUCCUUCUAGUUCCCUCCACUCUUUCUCUGACAAAAAAAGGAAAUGAUAGCCCACUGUUUACCUCAUACUCUUACAGCACACAAGUUUAUUAUAGCAGUUUAGUGUCCUGUGGAUAUUGUUAGGAUCUUUAUAUUGACAAUUUCAGCUCUCAUUUUUUAUGUCUCUUAGUUUUUCUUUGUUCUUACUCAGGCUUCAUCAUUGCUGUUCUAAUGAAGCGUGCAGUCCCGUGUUCCUCUUCCAUUUAACCUAAUAUGCAACUGCAGAUCCUGUAGGGUGAAAGCAGACCCCAUUUAUUGUGUUUCCCUGGCAGUCUUGCAGCAACAAGAGGACCAUGAAAGCCUGUGCUAUAUAAAUUGCUGCUAACCACUGACUUUCACUAACUUAAGAAGAAUGUGAAUUGUCUUGAAUAUGGGGUUAUCUACCACUGUGACAGUUUGAAUUGAUACGGGAGAAACUAAGCAGCUGCUCCCAAUUCUAUAUUAUUAAUACAGAAAUAAUAAAAAUACGAUUCUGUAUUUUUGUUUUAUUUCUUCAGCAUUUUGGCCAUUUUCUUUGAAGGGAAGAUUUUAUUAGGUGAUUCUCCACUUUCUAGUUUCCAGGGGACAGCUGCCUGUCAGUUGAGUAAGUAGAGGAGUAAUUUCCAUGUAUUUGUCCAUCCUUUUACAAUGUUACCGAUUUUAUUCUGAACUUGUUUUGUAUUUUAGACCACUUCAUUUGCAGGAGGGACUCCCAUGGGUCCCCCUGCUCUUGGAUGGUGCUCUGGGUAGAAUAAAUAAAUAAAUUGGCAUCUCAGAGACUAUUGAUUCA